AUGAUGGGAAUGGUGGUGGGCCGUGCAAAACGGGUCAUGGAAGCUUCAGCAUUCGCACCGGGUAUAAGAACCUGGCUUGAUCGUGCAAAGAAUUCGGGCGGAUACUCCUGUGAACCAGAAUUGGCCGAUGAGCAACUCGCAGAAGGGAGAGUAAGCAAUGGCAACUCGAACGAUUGCGCUGGCGGGAACAACGGAAUCGGCUAUGAAACGGUCAAGGCACUUCUUCAAUCCACAAAGCCGUACCAUAUCCUCAUGGGCAGCCGGUCUCAAGACAAAGCCGAGAACGCAAUUGCCAAGCUGCAGAAGGAAUGCCCCGGGUCGAGGAACACAGUGGAAGCUGUUCAGGUUGAUGUCACAAGCGACGACUCGAUCCAGGCAGCUUUUGACAAGAUCAGCAGCAGCCCGGGUCAUAUUGAUACGCUUAUCAAUAAUGCCGGAGCGACGUUUGACUUGGAGUACGUGGCCGGCAAGGUCUCUUUGCGUGACUGCUUCAUGAAGGCAUAUGACGUUAAUGUUGCUGGGACCAAUGUCUUGACCUGGACAUUUAUGCCGCUGCUGUUGAAGUCUUCCGAUCCUCGCUUGAUCUUCGUCACCGGCCUCUCCAAUGUCACACAGGCCAGCAAGUCAUACUUCCCAACACCACCUCAACCGGCAGGCUGGCCCAAGCGGAUCGAGUUCGAGACCAUCGGCUAUCGCUGCAGCAAAACCGCGCUGAACAUGUUGAUGGUCGACUGGAACCACAAGUUGAAGGCUGAUGGGGUGAAGGUGUGGGCUCUGGGCCCCGGGAUGCUGGAAACAGAUCUGGGGAACGCGAGGCACUUGGCAAAGAAGAUGGGAGCAAAGCCUGCCCAUAUCGGUGGGCAGUUCAUCAGGAGCGUCGUGGAGGGGCAGAGAGAUGCUGAUGUCGGGAAGAUCAUUGUGAAGGAUGGAAUCUCGGAGUUCUGA